AUGGGCGGGCCGCCCUUCCCCCCCUGCCGACUCCGGCGUGGCCGCACCGGCGGCUCCGCACGGUGGCCCCCGCCCGGGAGCGCUGCCGGGCGCUCCGCCUGCGGGGGCGCCCGUGCCCAACAGGGGCGCGGCAGCUGGCGGAGGAGAAGUGCGGCCGUGGCCAUCGUCGUG